AUGCGGCACUAUGGAUUCAUGGAAUAUUUAGCGAUUCGUUGUGUGUUUAACUCCACUGAGCUGAAGGACAUCCAGUUCAUCUGCUCUGAAUAUUACAACAAGAAGGAGUACCUCAGGUUUGACAGCAAUGUGGGGAGGUUUGUUGGAUACACGGAUCUGGGAGUGAAGAACGCAGAACGAUUGAACAAAGAUCAAUCACAGAUAGCUGCGUUCAUGGCUCAGAGGGAGACGGUCUGCCAACCCAACAUUGAUAUCAACUACCAGGUUGUUCUGACUAAAACAGGCUUUGGGAAAGUAUCUGCAGCCAAGUGUUCGGUUAGGACCCUUUAUAUUGCAGUGGACUUUAGUGAGGUGCUCCGGGACACUUUCUGUUCGGUCUACUGGAGAAGCCAAGAGUUACACCUGUUGGAAAACUACACGCGACCAGCGCGCGAGCACGCCAGGUUCCGAGGCAGUGAGGAGGGUCGGCUACCGCGGUGGUGA